AUGGCCACGAAUGAAGACUCACCUCCCAUUCCUAAGACAACACUUCAAAAUCUCAAUCACCUAGGCCGUCGACUCUUUUAUGAGGCUUUUGGUUGUGAAACUCGAAUGCAAGAUGCAACCACUCGCUCCGUCCAAAAGGAGCGUUCAACUGCUUUUGCAACCGACCCUGAUUCGCAUGGGCCCGAGGAAGUCGAGGAAAACCUCGAUAUGAACGGGACCUUUGAAGAUUCAAAAAUUCACCUUGGAACCAAACCAUUAUCCAUAGACUGGCUAAGCAAGCAAGUGCGAUAG